GGGAGGGGCGGGCAGUCGCUCGGCCGCGGCACUUUUUUAAUUUUUUCGGGUGCCGCAGCGGCCACCCCUCGGCGCCGAUGUUCCUGAUCCCCGGAGCGACGACGGCUGCUGCCUAACCUGGAAAGAGGAAUGCCAGCUCCUGAGCAGGCCUCAUUGGUGGAGGAGGGGCAACCACAGACCCGCCAGGAAGCUGCCCCCACUGGCCCAGGCAUGGAACCCGAGACCACAGCCACCACUAUUCUAGCUUCCGUGAAGGAGCAGGAGCUUCAGUUUCAGCGACUAACCCGAGAACUGGAGGUGGAAAGGCAGAUUGUUGCCAGUCAGCUAGAAAGAUGUAGGCUUGGAGCAGAAUCACCAAGCAUCGCCAGCACCAGCUCAACUGAGAAGUCAUUUCCUUGGAGAUCAACAGAUGUGCCAAAUACUGGUGUAAACAAACCUAGAGCUUCUGACGCUGUCCAUCCCAAUAACUAUCUCAUCAGGACAGAGCCAGAACAAGGAACCCUCUACUCACCAGAACAGACGUCUCUCCAUGAAAGUUUCAUUCCUUCAGGAUCAUUGGGUAACUCAAGAAGUUCAACACAAAUGAAUUCUUAUUCCGACAGUGGAUACCAGGAAGCAGGGAGUUUCCACAACACGCAGAACUUGAGUAAGGCAGAUAAUAGGCCACAACAUUCAUUCAUAGGAUCAACUAAUAACCACCUGGUGAGGAAUUCAAGAGCUGAAGGACAAACACUGGUUCAGCCAUCAGUAGCCAAUUGGGCCAUGAGAAGAGUUAGUUCAGUUCCAUCUAGAGCACAGUCUCCUUCUUAUGUUAUCAGCACAGGCGUGUCUCCUUCAAGGGGGUCACUGAGAACUUCUCUUGGUAGUGGAUUCGGCUCUCCAUCAGUAACCGACUCCCGACCACUGAACCCCAGUGCAUACUCCUCCACCACAUUACCUGCUCAGCAGGCAGCCUCUCCGUACUCUGCACAGAGACCCACCUCCCCAUCAGCUGUACGUCGGAUUGGGUCGGUCACCUCCCGGCAGACCUCCAAUCCCAACGGACCAACCCCUCAGUACCAAACGACCACCAGAGUGGGGUCCCCACUGACCCUGACGGAUGCACAGACUCGAGUAGCUUCCCCAUCCCAAGGCCAGGUGGGGUCAUUAUCCCCCAAACGCUCAGGGAUGACCGCUGUACCACAGCAUCUGGGACCUUCACUGCAAAGGACUGUUCAUGACAUGGAACAAUUCGGACAGCAGCAGUACGACAUUUACGAGAGGAUGGUUCCACCUCGGCCAGACAGCCUGACAGGCUUACGGAGUUCCUAUGCUAGUCAGCACAGCCAGAUUGGACAAGACCUUCGUUCAUCUGUGUCUCCCGACUUGCACAUCACUCCUAUCUAUGAGGGGAGGACCUAUUACAGCCCAGUUUACCGCAGCCCAAACCAUGGAACCGUGGAGCUCCAAGGAUCGCAGACAGCACUGUACCGCACAGGUUCGGUAGGUGUUGGAAAUCUGCAAAGGACGUCCAGCCAACGAAGUACCCUUACAUACCAAAGAAAUAAUUAUGCUCUGAACACAACAGCUACCUAUGCGGAGCCCUACAGGCCAAUACAAUACCGAGUGCAAGAGUGCAAUUAUAACAGGCUUCAGCACAUAGCACCAGCUGAUGAUGGCACCACGAGAUCCCCAUCAAUAGACAGCAUUCAAAAAGACCCCAGGGAGUUUGCCUGGCGUGAUCCCGAGUUGCCUGAAGUCAUUCACAUGCUGCAGCACCAGUUCCCGUCAGUUCAGGCAAACGCAGCAGCCUACCUGCAACACCUGUGCUUUGGCGACAACAAAGUGAAGUUGGAGGUGUGUAGGUUAGGGGGAAUCAAGCAUCUGGUUGACCUUUUGGACCACAGAGUUUUGGAAGUUCAGAAGAAUGCUUGUGGUGCCCUCCGAAACCUUGUUUUUGGCAAGUCUACAGAUGAAAACAAAAUUGCACUGAAGAAUGUUGGUGGGAUACCUGCCUUGUUGAGACUGUUGAGAAAAUCUAUUGAUGCAGAAGUAAGGGAGCUGGUCACAGGAGUUCUUUGGAACUUAUCCUCAUGUGAUGCCGUAAAGAUGACAAUCAUCCGCGAUGCUCUCUCAACCCUGACAAACACUGUGAUUGUUCCACAUUCUGGAUGGAAUAACUCUUCUUUUGAUGACGAUCAUAAAAUUAAAUUUCAGACUUCACUCGUUCUGCGUAAUACGACAGGUUGCCUGAGGAAUCUCAGCUCCGCGGGGGAGGAAGCGCGGAAGCAGAUGCGAUCCUGUGAGGGGCUGGUGGACUCUCUGUUGUACGUGAUCCAUACGUGUGUGAACACAUCCGACUACGACAGCAAGACCGUGGAGAACUGCGUGUGCACACUGAGGAACCUGUCGUAUCGGCUGGAGCUGGAGGUGCCCCAGGCCCGGCCGCUGGGGCUGAACGAAUUGGAUGACCUACUCGGAAAACAGUCUCCCAGCAAAGACUUGGAGCCAAGCUGCUGGGGGAAGAAGAAGAAGAAGAAAAAGAGAACACCACAGGAGGAUCAAUGGGAUGGAGUUGGUCCUAUCCCAGGACUGUCGAAGUCCCCCAAAGGGGUUGAGAUGCUGUGGCAUCCGUCAGUGGUAAAACCAUAUCUGACUCUUCUAGCAGAAAGUUCCAACCCAGCCACCUUGGAAGGCUCUGCUGGAUCUCUCCAGAACCUCUCUGCUGGAAACUGGAAGUUUGCAGCGUACAUCCGAGCAGCUGUCCGCAAAGAAAAAGGGCUCCCCAUCCUUGUAGAACUUCUGAGAAUGGACAAUGAUAGAGUUGUUUCUUCUGUAGCGAGCUUGAGGAAUAUGGCCCUAGAUGUCCGCAACAAGGAGCUCAUAGGUAAAUACGCCAUGCGAGACCUGGUCAACAGGCUCCCGGGCGGCGCCAGCCCCAGUGUGCUGUCGGAUGAGACCAUGGCAGCCAUCUGCUGUGCCUUGCAUGAGGUCACCAGCAAGAACAUGGAGAAUGCCAAGGCCCUGGCUGACUCGGGGGGCAUAGAAAAGCUGGUGAACAUAACCAAGGGCAGAGGAGACAGAUCAUCUCUGAAAGUGGUGAAGGCAGCAGCCCAGGUCUUGAAUACACUAUGGCAAUAUCGGGACCUCCGGAGCAUUUAUAAAAAGGAUGGGUGGAAUCAGAACCAUUUUAUUACACCUGUGUCAACAUUAGAGCGAGACCGAUUCAAAUCACACCCUUCGUUGUCUACCACCAACCAACAGAUGUCACCUCUCAUUCAGUCAGGCUCCAGCAAACCUUCACCAAUUUACACCAGUUCCUAUUCCUCACCAGCAAGAGAACAAAAUAGACGGCUACAGCAUCAACAGCUGUAUUAUAGUCAAGAUGACUCCAACAGAAAGAACUUUGAUGCAUACAGAUUGUAUUUGCAGUCUCCUCAUAGCUAUGAAGAUCCUUAUUUUGAUGACCGAGUUCACUUUCCAGCUUCUACUGAUUAUUCAACACAGUAUGGACUGAAAUCGACCACAAAUUAUGUAGACUUUUAUUCCACUAAACGACCUUCUUACAGAGCAGAACAGUACCCAGGGUCCCCAGACUCGUGGGUGUAGCAUCAUGAUGCUCGGGAGAGGAACUCUUUCUUUCUAACCUUGUUUGGAUUGAGAUGAGAAGUCCGUCUUGCUGAUUUGCUGAUGAAAUGUGAAAGUGACAUGGAAGGAAUGAGUGAAGAGAAUUUUUUUUUCUUAUUUGAGGAAUUAUCAGGGAAGUGAGGCAACCUUUGGGAGGGAGGACUUUCUAAGCUCUACUUAGGCAUUAGAUCUAAUUACUUGUAGAUUCUAUAGUCUGGUGAAGGUGUGGGCGAUGUGAUGAGAGGUUUGAGGAAUGGGUGAAAAGAGAUG